AACAUGGAUAAGAAAGAGAUCGUACUAGUCACAGGUGGGUCCGGAUUUUACGGCCAGCACUUGAUCAGACUCCUGCAGGAGCGGGAUCCCAAGGUUGGCGAAAUACGAGUGGUCGACCUUAACCCGUACGAGAACCGUCUCGGUCACACCGAGAGCAAGAAAGUCAUCUCGUAUGUCGCCGACAUCUGCGACGAGGCCGCGUGCGCGCCCGCCUUCGAGGGAGUCGACUGCGUGUUCCACCUGGCCGCGUACGUGAACUUCGACUUCCCACCGAACGUCGGCGAGCUGCAGCGGGUCAAUGUCGAUGGGACGGCGUCGGUGGUGGCGCUCUGCCGCCGGUACAGCGUGUCCCGGCUCGUGUUCGCCAGCGACUGCCUCAUCCACAUGACGCCCUAUCUCGGCAAGGCCAACUUUACCAUCGUGUGCAACCAGACGGAGCCGAAGACGAAGAUCCCGACGAAGGACGCCGAGUUUCAGAUUCCCGGCUACGCGCCCUCCAAGUGGAGGGCGGAGUGUCUGGUGAUCGAAGCCAACGACACGGACCUUGCAAAUGGGGAAAAACUGAAGACUAUCGCCAUCCGACCGCCGGUGAUGUUCGGUGAGUGCGACGAGCGGUUCGUGCCGAGUAUCGCGAAGGUGGCGCAGCGGUUCGGUGGGGCCAUCCCGAAGAUCGCCGGUCCGGGCGGCAAGCAGCAGAUCAUCUACGCGGGGAACGCGGCCUGGUGUCUGGUGCGCGCCAAGGACGCCCUGGUCGAGAACGCCAAGAACAUCGCCGGCUAUCCGGUGUUCGUGACGGACGAGUCCGGCAUCGAGGACACGACGCGCUUCUGCCAGCGCAUUUCCCGCGCGAACGAUACGCUCAAGCUGCGCCCAUCCGGCUACCAGAUUCCGCUGUUCCUCACCUACUUCCUGGCGUUCCUGCUCGAACUCCUGGUGAAGGCGCUGCACCCGUUCACGCAGAUGCGACUCCGCUUCCCGCCGUGCGGCAUGCUGUCGUACAUGUCGUCCAUCAUGCUGUUCAACCGGAUCCGGGCGUCGAUCUACCUCGACUACGAGCCCGUCUACAGCGAGGAGAAGGCGGUCACCAACAGUGCCCUCUGGUACGAGCGCUGGUACCAGGACUACUGCCAGGCGCAGAGUUUGAAGAAAAAGAUGAAAUCAAAGUGA